AUGCCUGUGGAUGGAUGGGAGAUUCAACCGCCAGGAAAGGGGCAAGAAGGGAGGGACCCAGACAAAUCUCGGGAGGUUAAUUGUUUAGCGCGAAAGGCUGAGGUCAACCUGAGCUCAUUCCAUGGCGAUUUCGCCGUGACGCGCGAGGGAAACCAGGUACAAAUAACGUCAUCCUACGUCAUUAGGUGUUCGCCCGUCGCACCUUGCCAGAGCUGCCAGUACGGAACUACUAGCCGGGUGGCCAGGCCGUCCAUCCAUGGCGACAGUCUGCUCGAUGAUCUCUUGGAAGUCUUGCGAUCAUUGCACGAGCAAGAUGCGUAUUCCUUGCUGGAACUUAUUAGGGGAAAUGCGCCGUUCGACCAGAUCCGCGGCUCUAUCAACCAUGCGCUGAGCCGCGUGCGGGCCCAGUCCGACGACGAGGGCUCCUUUCGCAGACUGCAGGCUAUCCAGCACAGUAUGGAGGCGUACAGCCGAGUGCCGCCCUUUCGGCCAAGGAUCAUGGAUCUCCGGCUGCUCGGUCACCAUGCUCCCUAUCGGGUCCCGGCAAGUCCCUGGACGAGCGUGACGGACGACGACGACUUGGUGUCUCAUUUGGUUUCGCUUUAUUUCACCUGGGACUAUCCGUUCUAUGCUUUCCUCGAUCGUCGCGUGCUGGUCAAAAAUCUCGUCGUAGGCAACGUGUCCUCUGACUUCUGUAGCCCAUUCCUCGUCAAUGCUCUGCUUGCGAAUGCUUGCCAUUACUCGCAAUACUACUCGGAGGCCUAUGCGGUACCCGGUGAUAUAAAGACGAUGGGGACCAAGUUCCUGGCCGUGGCCGAACAGCUUUUGCAAACCCACCAAUUCGAAUCGGGGACCAACGUACGACUCGCGUCCUUGCAGGCCACCCUACUCUUAUAUGAAAGAUACUCGAUGUCGGGCGAAGACGACCACGGCUACUCUAUGCUACAUCGCGCCACGGAGAUGGCCGAGGCAUUGGGGAUUAUCAACAGUCCGCAACUCAACCUUGACGAGUCGCGAAUGUCGGAGGACAUGAUUACCUCGAUUAAGCGGACCGCCUGGGGUUUGUUCCAGAUCGACACAGUAGUUCACGCGAAUUUCCUGCGACCCAGCCGUGUUUUCGAGGUGAGUGUCAUCCCAAUAGACCGUGAGACCGACACCACGGAUAUCUGGACCCCGUAUCCGAUCAGUCAACCGGCUCGGGCGUCGUGGUUGAGUCAGUACUUCGACGAGGCCUGCCGCCUCUCCGUCAUUGCCCGAGAUAUCUCGCGCGGCUUGCAGGCACACUCCGAUCCCGAUCCCGAUCUCCGGCCACAUAAACGGGCACUCUACGACAGGCUUCGUCGAUGGGAGGAAGAACUGCCCCCAGCGUUUGCGCCCGCCAAGAAGCCGGCGUCACACAUACUUAUCCUCCGGAUGCGAUAUCACGCCCUGCUGAUCAAUCUGCUGCUCAAUGGGCUAGGUGGAAGCCUCCCCUUUCAUCCGUCCCAUCUGCAGGAGCCUAGGGGACGGUUCGACACGACCGCCAGUACGGAGGCUUGGGACACGGCACUCUCAUCAGCUCGCGAGAUCGCCGGCCUCGUUCGGCUGCAUCGCGAGGAAUACGGUAUCGUUCGGGCCCACCCGUACACUAUGUACACGAUCAUGUUAGCCCUGUUUACUCUGCUGGAGCACCCCUCGUUCGAGCUUCUGGACCGCGACUUUCUGUCCCUGACCAGCUCCCUAUCCGUCGUCGCCAGUUGCUCCCGCGUCGGAAAGAAUCUGUGGCGCAUCUUCCGUCAGUCCGUACGCGCCCGGGUUCGUGAUCAGCAAGUCGACGGCGCGGAUGGCGUAUCGAGCGAACGCUCGCUAUCACGGAGCUCCUCAUUGAGCACGGAUCGAUGGGCUCACUACGCCGAGGCGCUGCGAAAGCUGGCCGAUAACGACGGGUCUGAAGAAAGCCCGUCGAACUACGUGGCCACGAGCAUUGGGGAUAUGUUAGGCAUGUUCGAGACUCUGAGUCUGGGUAAUCAAGAAGACAUACAGGCCCGACAAGAGUCCAGCGCCUUUCGCUUCUCGCCGUCAUGA